AUGACAGGGAUUCCGGCCAUACACCUGCUGUUGAGGGGCCGGAAGAGAUUCGUGGAAAUUAAGAUGAAUGACGCAGCUGUUGUGCCAGUGCAGAUUAAAAGACGAGCGCGUAAAGACGCGUCGGUGAGACAGCAGGAAAGGUGGGGCGUUGCUGAGCGGCGAAUGGGCGAAAAGACCGAUAAAGGAAAUCAAACUGUGGAUGACAAGGGAAUAAUAUGGAAUGGUAAAUUACCAUUUCAUACAUAUCCUAACUGGACAUGGUUGCUUUGA